UUCUUCGUAAACUGCAGUUAUGAACUUCUCAACUCUUUUCCACCAAGAAGAUGCGACUCCAACUAGGCAAACUCAAAUACAACAAGCUGAACUUCUCUGGCAAUACAGGGUCUCUGUUAUCCUGUGGACCUAUAUCCCAGCCAUUCUUAUUAUCUUUGGAAGCAUCACCAAUGCGACGACCAUAUUAGUCCUUGCUGGAGGAAAAUUCGGAAGAGCUUCAACCCGAAUACUCCUUGUUAGCUUAUCUUUAAGCGACACCACGGUGUUGUACAGCGGCCUGCUCCGGCAGUGGAUCGUAAGUGUGUUCGGAAUUGAUGUACGGACUCUACAUGAAUUAUCAUGUCCACUUCACUUGUUCUUUACCUACAUCUCCUUACAGGCCUCUUCGUGGAUUAUGAUGCUCGUUACUUUAGAACGUGUCAUAUCUGUAAUUUUUCCUUUGAAAUCUCGCGUCAUUUGCACCGCGAGAGCGACAGUUAUUGCUGUAAUCUUCGUGACUGUGACCUUGACUGGCCUUAACUCGCACAUCCUCGCUUUCAGACGACUGCAACCAAACGGCGGAUGCUAUGCAUCGGGAGACUAUGCCUAUUUCUGGAGAUACGCGUGGUUCUGGACAGAAUCGACCGUCAGGUUCGGCUUUCCCGCCCUGGUUGUCUUUAUCUGUAACUGUCUGAUCGUGCGCACGGUCUUACGGAGCAGCGCCAAACGAAGGGAAAUAUCCGACGGGCCGGAUGAAUCGAAAUCAACCAGUAUCACCGUCAUGUUGGUCACAACAAGCUUUGUUUUCUUGUUCCUUUGCUUGCCCUCCGCCAUAUAUUUCCUUAUUCGUGGCACCAUGUUUUCUUCAGCGUUAACCCAACGACAACUGGCUGAUAUCAGGCUAUGGUACACCAUAACAGGUUUGCUGCAGUAUGCCAAUAACGCGUCUAAUUUUAUUGUUUAUUGCAUAAGCGGCACGGGAUUCCGUAUGGAAGUUUCCCGGAUGAUACGAAGAAUUCGAGGCUAAUGCAGCUUGUGUCACUACUAAUUGUCACGGAAUCAUGAUCACUACCUUUAUACUUACAACUGAGGAACCAUGCCAGACGACUGGAAUAAGUAAAAGACAGAUGUUAUACGACUGUAGUAAAAAUAGAGGUGUUUCCGUCACAUCUGUAGCGUAUUGAACUCAUCUUUUUUGAUAGCCCACGAUACCUGAUGACUUGUUAUUAAUUUCACUCAUGUCAAUUCUCCUAUUGCUAGUUCGUCUAAAUGCCAACUUGCUUAUUGUCAGUUCGUCAUGUGCCAAUUCGCCUACUGCCCAUUUGCCUAAUUGCUCAUACAUUUUGUUACACGCCUAUUCGAGAUCUGUAUUCGAUCCUAUUUUGCCUACCUUAUUGCUCUCUCUAACAUCUCGAUCGCAAGAACGAGGUCUAACGUAGUUUCCAUUAACUCUUUUUCAGCCACUACAUAUUUGAUCAGAUUGAAAUUUUAAACAAAACUCGAAAAAGUACCUAAACCCUACAUUACGUUUCUACUGCCCUUGGUCACUGUUCUGAUUUAUUGUUAUCUUCUCUCAAUUGGCAUGACCUUAAUCCAUUAACAUCAUACAAUAGGGACGCAGAACUGGGGCUUUCAUCAAAGGACGGGAAACAGCCCAGAUCGACAAACAUGCGUUACUAUUAUAGCUCUAAAAUCGUUAAUUUUCAGUCAAUUACCAAAUUUAAAAGAGCUGUUUGUGGUAGAGUUACAUUAGUUGGCGAACUGUCUUGUUCCAAAAAGGAACACAGCAUAUUAUUUUACCUUUUAUUCCUUUCAGUAGCUAGGAAUCAUUCCCGCGAUACACGAACUAAAUGGCUAAUCCCAAAGUUCAUCAGGUCAAUCCUGAUCACAUGUACUCCCCGAAAGGCUUCGAAAUGGGGGUCCUUACGGAAAAAUCAUCAAGGGCAAAGAAACGUAGUGUAUAACAUAGGUAUUUUCCGUUUUAACUGCAUCCAAUAUUCCGAUAUUCAAAAUGUUCUAUGAAGUACAGUUUGUAUGACAAAAACUUCGCAUAAACGUGAUAAAUGCGCCUUUGGUGUCUUAUAAAAGUCAUUGUCGCCGAAAUGUGCAAUUUGCAUCACAAUUGCAAUGGGUGUCUCAUUUAACUUAUUUGACUUGCAUCUGACGCAUGUAUCAUGAUUAUAUUGUUAUGCGUUUGAAUUGCGAUCAAUUUGAGUUGAGGCGGCCGCUCCCAGUCGAUUGGAAGGUAUAAUUACGACCAGGAGUUUCAUUACGUUUACAGGCCCCUCAGAACCAAAUUCGAACAAUUGAAGUCCUCCCAAGACUGGGCCUAUUGUUCCGUGAGCCUAAUCCCUGAGCAGAUAGUCGAGUAUGACAAUGGGGUAUCAGUUCUCGGACAAUGGGCGGGUUAGAUCAAACGAUAGACAGCGUGCGAUAUGACCAACAUUGGUCAAACUCGUUAUAUUUUAGUCAACCUUAAAUUUUAAAAAAGCAAUUUAGUAGAAAAAUACACUUGUAGGUGAACUGUCUAGUUUCCAAAAGAGCAACAAAAUUGUGUACCCUUUCAUUCUUUCGUAACUAGACGAUCACGCAACUGAUUUCCUUAUCUGAUGAUUUAAGGAAUUGAUACCGAACUGGAGGUAUUGAUUGUCUCACACAAACCGCGAGGGUGGAGCUAAAAUAUUUACCAAAACUUAGGCGUAGCCGAGGUUUUAGCCACUAGUUUAGCUCCACCCGAGCGGUUUGGGUGAGACAAUCAAUACCGACAGUGCCCUUCACCUUGUGCAUGAUGACCUUUUGUCUCGAAUGAUGAUAUAUUUUCUCUCACCCUAAACACAGUGGUCAAGGAGACCAAUUCAAUUGGUAGGGCGAUCAACCCAAAGUGUCACUGUCAAGUUGGCCAAGGCAAUAGGUAAAUCAAGCAAAGUGGUCAGUUGACCAGCCUGGUAAGCCAAGUAUAUCGGCCCAAUUGUUCAGUUGGCCAACCUGGUAAGCCAAGUGUAUCCAGCUAAUUGGUCUGGUAAGUCGAGUACAU